AGAAGAUUUUCCAAAACGAUAGUGUUACAAGUGUUACAACCAUAAAAAAUUAACGCCCAAAAGAAAAAAAAAAAUAUCUUUUUUCCAGUUCUAUACCAAUAUUAUGGGUCAAACAUUCUCAUCUUCAGAAAAAGAAACAUUAUUAGAAAAAGAUUUAAGACGAUUAAUGAACGAUGAAAGAUUUCAUGACAUUGCUUUAAAAUGUUCAGAUGGAAAAAUCGUAUUUGGGUACAAACCUAUUUUAGCAACACGUUCCAAAAUUUUCAACGAACUUAUUUUCACCGAGUCAAAAGACAAUAUUCUUUCAUUUAAUAAUGUUAAUUCAAAUGCUAUGAAAGUUGUUUUAGAAUAUCUAUAUACAUCUAAAAUUAGAGAAGAAAAUUUAAAUGUUGAUAAUUUUAUUGAAGUUUAUUACGCAGCUGCUCAUUUUAAAUUGUCAUUUCAGCCGGAAAUGUAUAUUGCAAUUUUAUCAUUUUUGAAAGAUGGAAAUGAAGAUACCGGUAAAAAACUAUUAUCUGAUCUUGUAAAUAAAUUCUCCUUAACAAUAGAUGAUAUGGAUGAUGAUGUACUUAGAUAUUUAGUAUGCUGGGUAGCCAAGGACAGAUUGAAAAAAAACGAAAUUGAUUCAUUAUCAAUAGAAGGGUUAAGGUAUCUUUUAAUGAAAACUAUUGAUACUAAAGAGUCUUUUGCAACACCAGAAAUUGAAAUAUGGGAAUAUGCUUUAACGAAAGCAAAGACAUAUGGUCAACAGGAGGUUCAAAAAUAUUUAAUUCCACUCGCUCGUUACAUUAAUUUAAAUCGAAUGGAUCCAGAAGAAAUUAAAACACAUGUUGAACCAUAUAAUAUUUAUUCGAAUGAAGAUAUCAAAAAUACAUAUUUUUCCAUAUCAUCGGGUAAAGGAUUAGGAUUUAUUCGAGGAGUACCUAUUUUUAAAUGGAAAAAUGAUAAACCAGAUUUAAUUGUUUCUGAUUAUGGAUUUACCGUUGAAGCCAAUAAUACACAGUCUAAAUCAAUAUUAGGAGAUUUAGUCUUUAAAGGUAGAGGAGUUUACGAAUGGAAUAUUUCAGUUAAAAAGUUGCGUAAAACAAUCUAUAUUGGCGUAUGCAAUAUUAAUGUGGAUUUAAAUAAAAAUGAUCAAGAUUAUCAUGGAUGGGUUCUUGGAUCCGAUGGUUACGUUUAUCAUGAAAAAAAAUAUAAAUGGUAUGAUGCAAAAUUUAAAGAAGGGGAUAAGGUUACUGUUCAUCUGGAUAUGAAAUACAGAACUUGUGCCUUUUCUAUAAAUGAUAAUAAGAAACCUUUAGUUUCUAAAUGGAACAUCCCUUCUCAAGUUUAUCCUAUUAGGUACAAGGGUUUUGUGAUUGAUACAAUUCGUAUAUAUUUAUUAUUUGGGAGAGGGUACAAAUUUAAUUUCGUGAGGGAAAUAUAAUCGAAAUGGCCCAGUAUCGCUUUAAAAUACAUGAUAUAUUACUUUUAUUUAACAAGUUACUCAAAGAAUCCAUACUUUUUAUUUUUAUUAUUUUUUUAGAAAACAAACCCUGCUAAGUGGUUUCGCUAUUAGUAAUUGGUGUGAUUAUAAAUCCAAUAAAUUAUCGAUAGUUUUAUCAUUACAUCAUGUAAUUUUAGCGACAAAAUUUUCUCUCCAUUAUUUCUUCUAUAUUUCCCAUUCUUUUUUUUUUAUUAUUAUAUUUAA